AUGGCUCGUGGAAAUCAGCGUGAUUUAGCUCGUGAGAAGAACCUCAAGAAACAAAAUGAAGCCAAGAAGAAGGCUGGAGCUAAUCAGAAGGACGGAAACGCUGGUUUGAGCACUGAUGCGAGAAUGAACAGAGAUGCUGAAGCUAUGAGAAUUAAGCAACAAAAGGCCUUAGAGAAAAAACAAGAAGAAGAUGCUAAAGCCGCUGGUCAAGCUAAGAAGGUCGCUAAGGUUGAUCCAUUGAAGAUGUAG